AUGGACGAGAGCGUUGGUUCGUCUAUACCGUUUGCGGAGAUGUUGAAUCACACGUACAACAAAGGAUAUUUUUCUUUAAAUGUUCUAAUUGCGAAAUUCUUGUUCUUGUAUCGUCCGGAUUAUAUUCAAACACUGCUAAGUGAUUCUCAAUGCAUUAACAAAUCCAUCCUGUACAACGGAUUUAAAGAUUGGAUUGGAGACUCCGUUUUAAUGAGAAGUGACGAAGGUUAUAAGGAAAGAAAAAAACUAUUGUUGCCCGCCUUUCGCCCAAAAGUAUUGCAUUCAUUUAUUCCGAUAAUCGAGAAGAAUGCCAGAAAAUUAGUUGAGGUGUUGAUGGAAAACGAGAAAGUUUUCGUAGUACGUGUGGUUAAACUGUGCGGAUUUAAUAUUUUGUAUGAUACAAUUCUUGGAGUUAAAGAGAAUUCUACUUUCAGAGAAACAACUUCUUACUAUGAGAAAUUAAUAAACGCAACAUUUAAGCCAGUACCUGAUAGAUCAAUUAAUUUUCUGAUGUCGUUCGACUGCUUCUUUUAUUUAACACCAAAAGGGAGAGAAUUUAGAUCAAACAAGGAAACUUUAAGGAAAUUAACAAAAAAGAUAAUUGCUGAAAAAAUUCGACGACGUGAAGACGAAGAAAACACGACCGAAAUUAAUGGAAAUCGAAAAUCUCUGUUGGACUUUCUCUUGGAUGCUAGAGAUAAAAAUCCAGAACUGUCCAUUGAGAGCAUUUGCGAAGAGAUCGAAUUUUUUCUUGGCGCUGCAUACGAAACAACAGCACUAACUGUCACCUGGACGUUAUACUUAUUAAGUCAACACGGAGACAUUCAAAAAAAAGUUCAGCAAGAGUUGGACUACAUAUUUGAAAAUGAUAUCGAUCGAUCUAUUGAGAAUGAAGAUUUAUACAAAAUGAAGUAUUUGGAAUGUGUCAUAAAGGAAACCAUGAGGCUUUACCCAUCUAUUCCCGCAAUUUCUAGGAAAAUCAAAAAAUCUAUAAAAUUGGGAGAUAAAGAAUAUUCCAACGACUGGAUAUUCGUUGUUUCUAUUUUCCAUCUUCAUCGCAAUCCAAAUGUCUUCGAAAAUCCUAAUGUUUUCGAUCCUGACAGAUUUCUUCCCGAAAAUUCUUCUAAACGCUCACCUUACUCCUACAUCCCAUUUUCGACAAGUCCCAGGAUGUGUCCGGGAUAUUACUUGGCCAUGAUGAAAAUUAAACUGAUUCUGGCGAGUAUCUUAAGAAAGUUGAAGGUAGGAUAUUUGGAAAAAACGACCUCAGUCAAGUUCAGAAUUAGUCUUAAUCCUAGUCGAUCACUGCAACUUCAAUUUAAACCAAGAGAACCGUAAAUAGUUUUACGUUAAAUGCUUUUGAGACGUACUCAUAAAUUGUUACUCUUAUAAGUAUUUUAAUAUUUGGCAUUUUGUUCGAAACAGCAGUGCUUUUGCUUUUUCUAAACGACGUUGUAAUAAAUCGAAAUGAAACCUAAACCAUAGAUUUUCUAGCAUUCCUAAGUUAACUUUCUUACAAAAUAAAUUCUUACAUAAUUUUGUACACUCUUACUAAAAUGAUCUCAUGGUCAUUGCAGUCUUUUUUUUUAAAUAAUUAUUAUAGAUAUACAAUUGACGUGUGUUUCUCUGUCUUUACUAAGACAAAAAUUUAUUUUAUUUCUCAGACUAUCUUUAAAUACGAAAUCCAAUAGAACGUAUAUAGGGUAAACUGGACAACAGAUACUAUACUUUCUGUCAUAAUGUACUGCUUUGAGUAAUAGCAUAUUAUAAGCCACUUUAAAAUAUUUUAUUGCUAAGGUCAAUAAAGUUGUUUAUUAUCUAAUUAUUAACGAAUACAGAUUAUUUUUGUU